CGGCAUUCAAGCGCCACACUCCAGUCGACAAAUGGCCGCAAUAAUAUCUCGAGCAUGUCGAAUUUUCGGCCGAAAUCCACUCUGGUCUAGAAUUGGGCACGGAAUCUCCGAAAGGUCGAACAAGUUACAGUCUAAGAAAACUGCCUAAGAAAGGUCGAAGCGUAGACCUCAACUACAGGUCUGUCGGUUCACACGAAAUGGUCGGAAAGUUUGAAUUUCCUCGGUAGCAUGUCUCGAACACAACCAAUCAGAAGAAAUCUCCCGAGCAUCGAUGCAGGACCGACGAGGCAGUCUGGUGUAAAGAACAUGUCCAUCAAAAUAUUUCCGAGACAGGACGACAUUCUCGGUACGAGAGGAACACGCGCCGUGGCUCCGACGACAUUCUUUCUGAUGUUGCAGUUGAAGAAUUCAAUUUGAGGAUUUUGGCUUGAGCUGGAGCCUGUCGCUUGAGCUGCUGCUUUGCCGUCCGAAACGUGAGGUGGUGAGGUGGUUGUUCCCGUUAGGACGAGGAGAGGAGCAUUCGUCUGGAGCUUUAAAGAGGCAGAGGCCGACGGAGAUUGUCCUGCGAAGUUCGAGCUCCGGAUGUCUGGUGGGCGCCGGGAGCAGACGCGUGGCGAGGAGGGAAUUUGAUUUCUCGACACGUGAGAGGGAAGGGAGCUCGCAGCAGCUCGAGCAGCCUUGACCAGUAUGGGCGAGCCCGUCGGAGACGCUGCCAAUCGAGAUGACGCAGACGCGCUCGGCGGCGAACGGGAAAUGCUGGAGCCUAUUUGGUCGGAGCUAGAUUUCAUCAGCAACGGCGAUCUGAAGGACAUUUUCGUCUCGUCGGACAUCGGGCUGGGGAAAGUGGACACCGGCCUGGCGAAGAGGGUGGAGGACGGCAGUAAUGUUGCGGAGGGACUAGGGCGAGAGAAAAUCGGUGCGGAUUUCUGGAAGCUUAAAGAAGAGAAGGAUCAACAUUCCGAACAUCAAUCAGAGAUGGACGCGCUUCUGAAAGAGAAGCAAGAAGUCUCGGACCUGCUGACGAACCAAGGAGUUCUGUCGCGGGAAGCAGAAACGCUGCGCGUGAAAGAAGAGCCCGCUAUUUUUCAAGAAGGGGAGCCUCUGAUUCUAAGACAAGGAUUAUCGAAUGGGAAAGAAGGCACAAACCAGGAUGGAAUUGGUUCCCGAAAUUCGAGACUGAAUGGAGGUGGAGGAGGAGUAACUAGGCAGGAAGAAAUGACGGCUAUGGGUAGUGAUCUCUCUCUCGAGGACGUCAAAAUGCGUGAGGCCAAACAGGUUGCUCACCCAAUAUCUGUAGAUGUUGAGACGGGCCGCAUAAACAACGGUAUUUCAGAGGAACCUGUUGCAGGUGUGGGGAAUUUGGAUUCCUCACGUCAGGUUGCUCCAGAGACAGGGCCGGAAGCUGCGUCGAUAGACGUGGAAUUUCCCAAGAUUGUGUAUGGAGUUCAUCAUAGCGAGCUCGGUGGAAUGUUGAAGGACGGAUGUUUGUCUUCUGAAGGUUUGGCGAACAUGGGAAUGGUUAUUACCGAUGAUAGUAGCGAAGAGGAAAGUGAAUCGUCCGAGGAAGAGGAGGAAGAAGAGGAGUCUGAAUCCGAAGAUUCUUCCGACGAAUCAUCUUCUUCUACUUCAGAUUCAGAAGACAUGAAGAUAAUCAAGGAGAAAAUUCGCAAAAGCACUGAGGAAGUGAAAGAAGAUUCCGAGCCACCUCGCACUAAACAUGAACUUGCAGUCUUGCCUCCGGUGCCAAAGGUUGAGGCCGUUCUUGAACCUCAGCACAAGUGUGUCCGCAUCGGCCUCGUUUCCUCGGUAGUAGACUUGAAUAUUGUUGUGGAGGGCGACGAUGACAGCAGGGUGCUGAGCGACGGUUCCAUCUUGUGGCUGAGCGAAAGCAGGGUACCUCUGGGCAUUGUAGAUGAAGUCUUCGGCCCCGUAAAGAAGCCUUAUUAUCUUGUGCGUUUCAACGAGGUUUCCGAAAUACAUGAGUCCGCUAAGGUUGGAGCCGAGGUCUCUUGUGUUGCUGAGUUUGCGGAAUUUGUUCUCAAGGACAAUCCCAGCUUGUACAAGAAAGCUAUCGAUGCUUCGGGUCUCGACGAUGAGGAGCUGUCGGACGCAGAGAUUGAGUUUUCAGAUGAUGAGAAAGAAAUGGCAGCAAAACAGAGAGAUAGGGGAAAGAGAGGUCAUGAAGGCAAGGAGGCUGCAGGCGGGCAUGGGUGGGACACAUCUGACCCUCAACCCCCCGAAGCUAAGGGAAGAUGGCAGAGAAAGGAUAGGGGGAGAGGACGUGGUAAUAGCCGAGGUCCUCGCAUGGCCGAAGGAGUUGACUCUGCAGCGACGUCGGUGGCGGACAUGGACAUACACGGGUCAGGAUACCACGCAGCAGGUUCGGGAAAUAUGAUCCACGGAGGAAGGGGAAGAUCGAGACCAGCUGCAGGAAGAGCGAAGUUUCAGAGUAACUCACGUCCAUCCAACUCUGGAGGCUGGGAUGGGCAUGAUUUGGGAUCAACCUACUCGAGACUUCACGACGGUCUAAGUCGGGGGGAUUGGGUUACCUCCCCAACAAGAAUAAGUUCACAAACAGGUCCAAGUGCUAGUGGUUCCCAUCAUCAGGCACCGUUGAUGAGAAGGGAAGAACUGAGGGAUGGCCCCUGGUACUCCGAACAAGCGGACAUAGUAGAUAGACAACCGCAUCAAGCGAUUCCGAUGCAAGGACACUCUUCCUUCGGCGUUGCACCUAUCCACAGACACUUGCAAGUGCCUGGAGCUGAACCAAUACAACAAGUAGCUAGCGGUUUCUCAGCCUUCAAUUACUCUCCUGUCCCCGGUCCCCAGAUAGCUACUGAUGGCCGAGGAAACUUUUUCCACAUUACAGGGCCUGUGAACAUGCCACCCGAUGUUGGCAAUGUUGGCCGGAGUAAUGUCCAGGGAAUGGGAAUGAACUUAGGACCAACUGUGGUAAGUGUCUUACCUCAAGCUAGCCCGAACUCCUUCUCAAUGUACAACAAUCAGCUACAAGGAACCCUGACUGGAAGACAAGGAGGAUAUGAUCCUGUAUAUCAAGCAGACGUAAGCUACAGAGGGCAGCACGGCGGGUUCGUAAGUCCUGCUUCAGGUUACAGUAGCAGAGUACCAGCCCCUGACUUUAGGUUUCAAGCUAUGUCGCCUAAUAGUCAAAAUGCUGGGCCAAGUGCUCCAGGUGGUCUUCAAGGGCCCGGUUACGAUCAUGGACCACCCCAUCAUGGGCAUAGAAACAGGUACCAAGGUUCAAGGGGUCGUUAAAUUACACCAUGAGCGUUAUUUGCAUCUUGGUCAAAUUUUGGGUGUGUGUAUGUCACCCUCGUGAAGCUCUCAACCUGUUGUCAUGAGGACCUUGUUUCUCUAUCUCAAAAGAUGAGCUGCGAGAUCAAGUGAUUCUAUCAAGAGCAGGAGGUAAUCAUUCCGACUCCAGACCACUCACGUGAAUGCCUUUGCCCUCAAGUUCGGCACAUCUGCAAUCACGUGGACAGGUUCUUAUCGUCGUGAGAGUUGAGUUGACUACAGAGGGAGUUGAUUCCGCUCACGCUGCCCAGAGGUGGUGUGGCGGAAGACCUGCAGUAGCUUAGUCCUCGGAUAUAGUCUCCGAAGUUCGUCCCCAUCUUUUCCUCGACAAAGUGACCCUGUGUAUCGUAUAAUCAUGAGUUCAGUGGUCAUGUAUGCAUUCGCAUCGAUCCAGUGUUCGCCCUGCCCAUCACGGCAACGCCCUGCGAGUGAGUUUUUCACAGGGAGUUUUUAUUAAAGGGCAGAGAUCUUAUAUAUCGUUGCAACUCUUAUUGUUACAAAUCGAGCAUAA